AUGCAAAACAAUCACUUGUAUUUUAAUAAAGAUCACCUCUUUGACAGAAGAAAUUUAAAUUUUGAAUUAUUAAAUGAUUUAAAAGUGAUUAACUAUCUAAAUUUAAAUGUAUUAAUUUUUCCUAUAUUAUAGACAAGAACUUAGCGGUGCCAUCUAAUAAUUAGAAGAAAGGAAUCUAAAGUCAACAAUCUAAAGUCAACUAUGAACUCUAAAUUCUCAAAAAGAAAAUGA